CCGCGGGCGGUGUGCCAUGACGUUUCUUCAAAGGAAGUGUUUUAUGUGGUUAGGGAGGGGUCUUCUAUCUGACUUCGCAAAGAAAGUGCAGCGGCAAUAUGUAUUAUUAAGUCCUGAUUGUUAUAGUUAUAAAGAAAUUCCACACCGCGGUUGGCAUUGUUUACUUUAUAUUUUUGAAAUAAGACGAUGUUGUAAAUUUGCGGCGAGUAACCAAAGGAGGUGGACGAUUUAUACUUAAGUUUGCUAAGCGGAACAAGAAACCAGCUUAGUCGGUCCCAUGAGCACUAGAAGUGUAAACGGCUGUACGUGUUUCGAGGAAGACUAACAGCUGUUUGCAUCAAGGUGAAUCCUGUCCUGAGCACCAGGGAUAGGGGUAUAGGGGAAAGGGUUCUUCGCCUAAAGCAGAGUUAAGCCCCACAAACGUGCGCGCGCACGCGCGCGCUCACACACACACACACACACACACACACACACUCAGCACUGCGCCCUCCGCCACCAUGUCCCUGGUGCUGAAGCAGGUCUUCAACAAGGACCGGACGUUUCGGCCCGUGCGGAAGUUUGAGCGGGGAACGCAGCACUUCGAUCUGUACGAGGUGCUGAAGGCGUCGUCGCUCGACGUCAUGCUGGACUUCAAGCAGGCGGUGCAGCUGCCGCACGGCGAGGGCCUUCACGACUGGGUGGCCGUGCACGUGGUGCACUUCUUCAACCGCAUCAACCUGAUCUAUGGCAACAUCAGCGACUCCUGCACCGAGCAGAGCUGCCCCGUGAUGUCCGGCGGGCCCAAGUAUGAGUACCGCUGGCAGGACGACGGCAAGUACAAGAAGCCCACCGCCCUGCCCGCGCCCAAGUACAUGAGCCUGCUGAUGGACUGGAUCGAGGUGCAGAUGAACAACAAGGACAUCUUCCCCACCAACGUCGGUACUCCUUUCCCCAAGACCUUCAUGCAGGUGGCCAAAAAGAUCCUGUCGCGCCUGUUCCGCGUGUUCGCGCACGUCUACUUCCACCACUUCGACCGCGUGUCCCAGAUGGGGGCGGAGGCGCACGUCAAAACCUACUACAAGUCCUUCUACUACUUCGUCACGGAGUUCAACCUCAUGGACCACAAGGAGCUGGAGCCUCUGGUCUUCAACAAGGACCGGACGUUUCGGCCCAAGCGGAAGUUCGAGCCGGGAACGCAGCGCUUCGAGCUGCACAAGAAGGCGCAGGCGUCGCUCAACGCCGGGCUGGACCUGAAGCAGGCGGUGCAGCUGCCGCACGGCGAGGGGCUCCAGGACUGGGUGGCCGUGCACGUGGUGCACUUCUUCAACGGCAUCAACCUGAUCUACGGCAUCAUCAGCGACUCCUGCACCGAGCAAAGCUGCCCCGUGAUGUCCGGCGGGCCCAAGUACGAGUACCACUGGCAGGACGACGGCAAGUACACCGCCCUGCCCGCGCCCAAGUACAUGAGCCUGCUGAUGGACUGGAUCGAGGUGCAGAUGAACAACAAGGACAUCUUCCCCGCCAACGUCGGUACUCCUUUCCCCAAGACCUUCAUGCAGGUGGCCAAAAAGAUCCUGUCGCGCCUGUUUCGCGUGUUCGCGCACGUCUACAUCCACCACUUCGACAGCGUGUCCCAGAUGGGGGCGGAGGCGCACGUCAACACCUGCUACAAGCACUUCUACUACUUCGUCACGGAGUUCAACCUCAUGAACCACAAACAGCUGAAGCCUCUGAAAGAGAUGACAUCACGGAUGUGCCACUGAGAAAUGGACCCGCCCCCCCCCCCCCCCCCCAUUCCCAAACUUCACAUUCCCGCCCCCCUCCAGGAACACAGCCGGACCACACGGGAGAGAAGACUGAAACAGGAAACGCAAUCGGAGAGAAGACUGAAACAGGAAACGCAAUCGGAGAGAAUCUAUUUUUGUAAACGUGUACUAAAUGUGUAAUAAUCUUUUUAGCAGGAGAGCUUUUUAAGCAGCCUAUUUUCUACUGUGUUUGAGAAGCGGAGAAGUUCUAUUAGUGCCCAGCAUACUGCAAUCAUUCUUUUCUUUUUUUUUGUGGUGAAAUGUUUCUUUGAUAUUUUGUUGGGCCUUUCUGUUCAGUGUGAAGCAUUAUGACUUUUACAUAUUUUUUUAAAAAAGAAAUAUGUUUUUAAAAAGAAUGUUUUUAAAAAGCACUCUUGAGAUUCACACGCCUGCUACAACUGAUUUAAGGUUUCGCUCCUGAACCUUAACCCAGCAUCACCCAAUCAGGGCAAACAUACUCAAGCAAAGCUAGCCUUUAUAAAUGAUAAAUGAUGCUUGCCAUCCUAACCAGGUUAUUGCCAUUCCUUCUCCUUACAGGUUAUGCAACAAACUUUUCCAGAGGCUCUAGAGAUAGAUAAUCUGGGGUCAAGAUUCAAGAAUAUAGGUCAUCUAGAGUCUCAGUAGUCACAAGUUAAUAUUGUUUCACCUGUAAUUGAGGGUUGGUUUUGUAUAUAUUUUGGAUUUUGUAUGUAUUUUAUCCCUAUUUUAAUAUGUAAGUUUAACUUUUCACAACAUAUAUGUCUGUUCCAUUGUAAAACUCUGAACUGCUUGUCUGUGUAAUUGUAUAAAAGGAACUCUGUACGGUUUGUAAUUAAAAAGAAUAAUUAUAAUAAUAUAAAUUAUUAUUGGUGUUGUUGUUAUUGCUGUUGUUGUUAUUAAUAAGCAGUUAUCACGGGGAGUUACGCUCGGUGUUGUUGUUAUUGCUGUUGUUGUUAUUAAUAAGCAGUUAUCAGGGGGAGUUACGCGGGCGAGCGGUGAGUCAGUGACCUGGUUGUCCCUUCUUUCUUCAGUCACGAGGAACGACCGAAUUUCGCCAAGGUGGAGGAGAGGAUGCGGGCCUACUACUACUCCACCUCCAAGAAGACGCCCCCGGAGGAGAAGCCUGGAGCCGCCGCUGCCUCUGCAGACCCGCUCGGGGUCUAGAUCACGCCUCCUCAGUUCUCGGGGCGGGCUCUUUAGCGCCCUCUACGGGCGCCUCUGUGAAUAACUGUAUCUCAACCCUCCUCCCUCGCCCCCCCACCCCCGCCCGGUCCUGGGGGGUUGCAGGAUCUGCUGGUUUGUCGCUAUCCCCUUAAAAUCGCCAGUUGGCCUCGGCCGAACGAAGCAGCUGAGGUCAGCUGACUGUGCAGCAGCCACUUUUAAUUGUUUGGUUACGGGUUACGAGUCUAAAAAAAGAAAAG